AUGUUCAAUAUUCAAAAUUCUCCUAAUCCUAGUGAGAUAGGUUAAAGCUAAACUUUUUAGUUGUAAGCUCCUUGUAUGACACAUUAAGGCUAAAGUGUUACUAAUUUCUGUAAAUAACCUGAUUGUUUAAUGCCACUUUGUCCAAAAUGUAUUCCUUAACAUUUGGAUAAACAUAGAUAAUAAGGACAAUUUGCAGACUUAAUUACAAUAGAUGAAAUGCAUGAAGAAACACUACAAUUAAUUAAUACUUAAUUAACAAAUUUGAAUUCUGCCAUUUAGUUAUUAUAAUAAUUCAAAGAUUCAAAAACAGAUGCUCAUGGAAAAUUGCAUACUAAAUUAAGCAAUUCAAAAUUACGUGUUUAACAAAUGGUUGAUUAAUUUUUUGAAGAAUUAUUUAAUGAACUUGAUUAAGUAACUUAAACAGAUAAAACACAUUUAGAUGUUGAAUUAUAAUAAAUGGAAAGAUCAUUAAAUUAGAAAAUUCAGGAAUAUUAAUAGAUUGACUAAAAAUUAAGAACUCCAAAAUAUCUAAAAUAAAUAAUCUAAUUAUAAACAACUAAUUUUCUAUAAUAAACACAAUAAUAAAGAGUUGAAUGUGAAGCAUUUAUUGAAGAAGUAUCUAAACAUACAUUAGAUAUUUAAAUAGAUGAAUAAGAAUUAUACUUUCUAAAAAUUCAAUUAGCAUAAUAUGCAUCUAUAAAAAAUGCUGAAUAUUACAAAAAUUAAUAAAUUUAGUCUUCUUCAUCUAUUCCCAAAAAUACAGUCUAUAAUCAUCCAUAUUUAGCAAGUGAACUUUAAACAGCUAAAGUUGAGUAAUCACCUUAUAAGAGAUUAGAACAAUAAUGUAUAAAUUUUUAUUAAGUAAUCUAGUAUAAUAAGUUGGAAUAUCAAAUUUUACAAUAAAUUUACCAGACUUUUAUGAUCCUCUUUGUAAUUAGAAGUAUUUACAUUACUUUACAGAUAAAUCCAUAUUUAUUUUAAAUUUGGAAUGGGUUUAGAAUCCAAGAUGGUAAGAAAUUCGAUUGAAUUGUUAAGUUCCAAUUAAAAGUACUUCUGUACGUUCACAAUAAGGAGAUAUAUUUGUGAUUGGUGGUUAUAUUGGAAAUUAACUGAGUUCCUAAAUUUUUAGAAUAGAUUUUAAAUAAUAAACUCUUAUUUCAACUGAUCAAUUAACAUAUUCUAGACAUUCUUCAGCUGGUGUAUUUCUAUAAAAUAAAUUAUAUGUUCUUGGAGGAUAAAAUUAAAGUGAGGAUUUAACUUCAAUAGAAAGUUUAGAAUUAUAAUUAAAUAAAUCUAGAUCUGUUUUAGAAACUAGAGUAACUCUACCAAAAAUGAAUAAGGGAGGUCCUAAUUUAUCAAUUUGCACAUUUAGAUAAUAUAUUAUCAAAGCAACUCCAUUAGAAAUAUUUGAUACUAAACUACUAAAAUGGAUAUCUUUAAAUCAUAUAAUAAAUAAAGGAGUUGGAAUGGUAGCUAUAAAUAAUUCUAAUGUUUUAAUAUUUGGAGGUGGACAAUAUUAAUUAUUAAAGAUGGUAGAUCAGUAAAAUUUAUCAUUUGUUAUUGAGAAUCUACCAAAUUCUCCAUAAUUUGGCUAGAUACAAAAUGGCAGUUUGAUUCAUUAAGGGAAAAUUUAUGCUGUAACAAGUACGUGUAAUUUCAUAAUUGGAACACCUGAUGGGUGGACAUUAUGA